AUGGCCUCCAAUUUAAAUCGAGACAGCCUGCGGGAACUCCGGUACCGCCUUGAAGAUGCGGCCAUUAAAUGCUCCGAACGGUGUCUUUACCAGUCUGCCAAAUGGGCUGCGGAAAUGCUGGACUCCUUAGUUCCGCUUGAAAAUACCGAUGGUGGUGCAGAUCCUGACCUGGAUUCUCCGAUGGAUACCACCCCCCCCCUGCCGCCCAACCCUUUACUGCAAAUGCAAGACCCUGAAGAAGCUGCUUUAGAAGCUCGUGAAGCCCACAAAUAUAUUCUUGCCAAAUCAUACUUCGACACUAGGGAGUAUGACCGGUGUUCCGCCGUGUUCCUACCUCCCUCCACCUCCGCCAUACCGCUGGCCCCCACCUCCGCUAAUGUAAAGUCCAAGACGCCAGUCAGCCCUCAAAAAGGGAAGGGGAGAGCCUCUUCCUUCGGCGGAUUGAGUGCCAACGCUGCUCCUCAGAAUCAUUUCCCGCGAUUAAGCCAAAAGUCCCUUUUCCUCGCUCUCUAUGCUAAGUAUCUAGCAGGCGAGAAGCGGAAAGAUGAGGGAACGGAAAUGGUUUUGGGUCCUGCAGACGGAGGCAUGACCGUGAAUAGAGAGCUUUCUGGCUUGGCACAGGGCUUAGAGGCAUGGUUUACUCACCGGAAAGCAAAGGGCUUGGAGGAUCGGGGACAAGGCUGGCUGGAAUAUCUCUAUGGGGUUAUCCUGCUGAAAGGCAAAAACGAGGAAGAAGCCAAAAUGUGGCUCAUUAAAAGUGUGCAUUUAUAUCCUUUUCACUGGGGUGCUUGGCAGGAAUUAAACGACCUCCUCGCCAACACAGAUGAGCUAAAACGGAUCUCUGACCAACUUCCCCAAAACAUAAUGACGCUUAUAUUUCAUCUGCACUGCAGCCAGGAACUUUACCAGACUACAGAAGAUACACACCAUAUGCUGACCGAGCUCGAGAGCAUAUUUCCAACUAGCGCAUUUCUUAAGACUCAAAGAGCUCUGUUGUUUUAUCAUUCAAAAGAUUUCGAGGAAGCAUCUCAUCAUUUCUCUGAACUCCUCAUCACUUCUCCUUACCGCCUUGAUAGCCUCGACCACUACUCCAACAUCCUCUAUGUCAUGGGUGCCCGCCCUCAACUCGCUUUCAUAGCCCAAAUAGCAACGGCUACUGAUAAAUUCCGUCCGGAAACCUGCUGCGUAGUAGGUAAUUACUACUCUCUCAAAUCCGAACACGAAAAAGCAGUCAUGUAUUUCAGGCGUGCCCUGACGUUGGACCGCAACUUUCUAUCCGCCUGGACCCUUAUGGGUCAUGAAUACAUCGAAAUGAAAAACACCCAUGCCGCUAUUGAAUCAUAUCGACGAGCUGUCGAUGUUAACCGGAAGGAUUAUCGCGCCUGGUACGGCCUCGGGCAAGCCUACGAGGUCCUCGACAUGGCAUUCUAUGCCUUGUUCUACUAUCAUCGAGCUGCUGCUCUGCGCCCCUAUGAUCCCAAAAUGUGGCAAGCUGUCGCUUCAUGUUAUGCCAAAAUGGGUCGUCCUGAGCAGAGCAUUCGAGCUUUCAAGCGCGCUUUGGUCGCGGGAUCUUAUUACGAAGUAGGUUCUGCAGGCGCGCCGGGUUCAUUUAGUAGUGUUGGCUCAGGAAGCUUACGACCAUUUUCACACCAGGCACAUGGCGCCAAUGCGCCGGUCACGAAACGCAUCCUUGAUCCGGAUACACUUCAUCAAAUCGCCACGCUUUACGAACGCCUUGGCGACGAAGAGGAAGCAGCCGCCUACAUGGAGCUUACUCUCCAGCAAGAAACGGGGCAGACAGGUGCUCACGAUGGUGAAGCUGAUGAUAACGAUGAAUUGGAAUUAGAUCUCGAGGGCCUUUAUCCCCAACGCACGUCGUUAUUCACGCACAAAAUCGGUGAAGAGGCUGAAGAGGAAUCAAUUGGCACGGGAGUCACAGCUUCAACGAGCAAGGCGCGCUUGUGGCUGGCGCGUUGGGCGUUGAAGCAUGGUGAUUUAAACAGAGCUGAUUUGUUGUCUGGGGAGCUUUGCCAGGAUGGCGUUGAAGUCGAAGAGGCGAAGGCAUUGAUGCGGGAUGUUAGGGCGAGGAGGGAAGGAGGGGGGGUUUGA